CAGGAACCAUUCCGUCAAUGUGUGUUUCUUUUUCGUCCUACGAACAUUCUUCUUGUUUCUUUUCUUCAUACAGCAGUUGUAUCAGAGUUUUUGUACGCUGUGGAAACCAUUGAUUUGAUUUGAAUCAUGACCUGGUCAGUGAUGAUCUUCAUCAGGGACAAAUGUUUUUGUCUCAUCUCCUUGCUGGGAAUUUGUGCAGCGAGACCUCCCUACAUCGGCCACAUCAGUCCCGGGUUUGUGACCUCUCAGAUGGACUGGGCCAACCAAGGCGGCCGUUUCUUGGUAUCGAACAAUUCGGCUUUUGCUUUGGGAUUUGCCACGGCUCAGGUCGAUGCCUCGUCUUCUGUACUCAUCGUCACCCAUGUCAAUAGCUCCACGAAUGCUUGGACUGCCAACCGAGGCCGAUUGAUCUCAAAUUCCGCCAAAUUCGUUUUCAACGCUAGCGGCGAUGUGUACUUAGAAGACAAGAGCAGCAUGGUGUGGCGCACGAACACGAAAGGGAAGAAGGCGACCCGGAUGAUGCUGCAGGAUUCCGGGAAUUUGGUGUUGAUCGGGGAUGAGGACAAAGUUCUGUGGCAGAGCUUUAGCCACCCGACCGACACCCUGUUACCAGGUCAGGAGUUCAAGGAAGGAAUGAGGCUCAGGAGCUUCCCAAACAGCAAUAACCUGUCCUUAUAUCUUGAGAUCAAAUCUGGGGACUUGGUUCUAUAUGCGGGCUUUCAGACACCACAAACCUAUUGGUCCAUCAAGAACGAUGUCAGAAGGACCAACAAAAACAUUACCGGGCAGGUUCACUCCGUUUCCUUAUUGUCCAAUUCGUGGAACUUUUACGAUCAAAGUGAGUCCUUACUAUGGCAGUUUAUCUUUUCUGCAAGCUCUAGCCCUGGUGACUUCUGGGCCGCUAUUUUAGGCCAAGACGGUUCGAUCACAUUCAAUAAUCUACAUGGGAAUGGGUCGCCUGCUAAUAGUGUGAGAAUUCCACAGCACACCUGCGAAGUUCCCGAAUACUGCAACCCAUAUAGUAUGUGCUAUUUUGGGGGCCGGUGCCAGUGCCUUCCGACUUUAAUUUCUCAACCAGGGUGCAGACCUCCUCCCCCCUCGUCGUGCAGCCAGUCCAAUGAUCGCGUGGACCUAUUAUCUGUUGGAGAGAAGCUCGAUUAUUUUGCGCUCCCUUACAGCACCCCCACAUUGAAGUCGAAUCUUAAUGCGUGUACAGCAGCUUGUCGUAGCAACUGCUCCUGCAAUGUUCUGUUUUAUGAGAGGAGUUCUGGAAACUGCUUUUUGUUUGAUGAGAUAGGUGGCUACCGAUCACCUAUUCCCAGGUCUGCUGGGUUUGUUUCAUAUGUAAAGAUCAUAAGGGGAUCUGUAAGCAAAGGAGGCAGCAGAAAGAGGAAACUGGCCGUACUGACCGUGUCCAUCACUAUUGCAUCAAUUGCAAUCCUCGCGAUUCUAACAUAUAUUGGUAUUCGGUGCAACCAUAAGAGAAAGAAAUUAGUGAAGAGCUAUUCUCAAGAGAACUUGGAGGACGAGGAUUUCUUUGAGAAUCUAUCUGGCUUGCCUACGCGUUUCAGAUAUGUUGAUCUCUGCCAAGUAACUAAAAACUUCUCGACAAAGGUUGGGCAGGGUGGAUUUGGGUCUGUCUAUCUUGGAAUGCUGCCCAACGGGACAGUAUUGGCUAUUAAGAAGCUGGAGGCAAUCGGACAGGGGAAGAAGGAAUUCUGGGUCGAAGUCAGCACAAUAGGGAGUAUCCAUCACGUGCAUCUGGUGAAACUGAAGGGCUUCUGCGCCGAGGGUCCCCAUCGACUUCUUGUAUAUGAAUACCUGCCAAAUGGGUCUUUGGAUCGAUGGAUCUUCAGAAACAGUGGCAAAGAAGGCACUUCAGUGCUGGAUUGGAAUACGAGAUUCAGUAUUGCAGUGGGAAUAGCAAAGGGACUAGCUUAUCUGCAUGACGAGUGUGAAGGGAAGAUCGUGCACUGCGACAUAAAGCCGCAAAAUAUCCUUCUAGAUGAAAAUUUCGUGGCUAAAGUAAGUGAUUUUGGCCUUGCAAAAUUAAUGAGCCGAAAAGACAGUCUUGUAUACACGACCCUAAGGGGUACGCGAGGGUACUUGGCCCCUGAGUGGAUCACGAACAACCCAAUAUCAGAGAAGAGCGACGUGUACAGCUAUGGAAUGGUGCUGCUUGAGAUCAUUGGAGGAAGGAAGAAUUAUGACUCGGAGGAGUGUUCAGAGAAAGUCUAUUUUGCUUCCUAUGCCGUCAAGAUGCUGGAACAAGGGAGAGCGAACGAAAUAGUUGACCCGGACAUGGAAUUUGAUGGGAACGAUAAGAGAGUAAUUACUUCCAUAGGAGUCGCUAUAUGGUGUAUACAAGAGGAGAUGUUCUUGAGACCUUCCAUGAUAAAAGUAGUGCAAAUGCUGGAAGGGCUCUGUGAUGUCCCGGAGCCUCCGAUCUCUAUUCCUUCCAGUUCUCGUCCUAAAUCGAGUGGUGGAGAAUGUACUCCAGUAGAACACUCUGACACAAAUAGCACUGCAUUUUUGUCAGCAGUGCAUCUUUCGGGGCCUCGGUAAUUGAUUAAUUGUUCUGUACCUUGCUCUUUGAUCUCUUUCGCUUUCCAAAUAUCCACAAUUGAGUCAAAGAUAAUUAAGUCCAUGUUUGCACAGU